CAGAGAGCAGAUUAUUUAAGCAAAACAGGCUUAUAUAUAAAAUGGACGUAGUGAGGACGUUGAUUGUGGACAAGCCAGUCGUGAUAUUCAGCAAGAGUAGUUGCUGCAUGAGCCACACCGUGAAGGCUCUGAUCUGCAACUUUGGAGCCAACCCCACUGUGAUAGAGGUUGACAAGUUGCCAAAUGGCCAGCAGGAGCAGGUGGAGACGGCGCUUCUCCAGUUGGGUUGCAGCCCAAGCGUACCGGCCGUGUUCAUAGGCCAACAGUUCAUCGGUGGUGCCGCUCAAGUCAUAAGUCUCAACGUUCAAAACAAGCUUAAUCAACUGCUUUUAAAGGCUCGAGCCAUUUUUGUCUAGGGCUCUCUCUCUCUCUCCUCUUCUUAUAUAUGCCUCGUGUAGUCAUCCCCUCUCACUGAGGUCAACUUUCUCAUCGCCCAUUUUCACUGUAGUCCCUUCCUCUUGUCUUUUUUUGGCCCUCAAGUAACUUAGUCUUGUGAUGAACUCCUGUAUCCCAUGUAUGUCUCGUAUAAUGUGAGCCUGAGGUUUUCUUUUGACCUAUAUGAUGCAAGGCUCCUGCUAUUAUGUAUUAGACCAUUUGUUUAA